UAUAUACACAUCCCAUAAUCGUUAACAAAGAAUAUACAAAAUGGGAUUUGUUAGCCGAUCAGCUUGCAUGACAAUCUGCUAUCUUUUGAUAAUAUUCCUUCUUUCGCCGUCCUCGGCCAGGGACCUUCCCGUCGACGAGGAUGUUGGCCUCAUCUUCCAAAAGUGGAUGUCCCAGCACGGGAAGAUCUAUGAGAAUGCUCUUGGAGAGACUGAACAGCGUUUUCAGAUCUUUAAGGACAAUCUCCGUUUCAUCGAACAGCACAACGCCAAGAACCUAAGUUACCAGCUCGGUUUGACCCGGUUUGCUGACCUAACCGUCCAAGAGUACCGGGACUUCCUCUCUCAUCCCCUUGAACCGAGACAAAGGGCUCUCAAUAUCAGUCGUAAUUACGUACCACUUGACGUAGGUCAGCUCCUCGAGUCAGUUGAUUGGAGAAAUAAAGGUGCGGUGACGGGGAUUAAAGACCAAGGCGUUUGUAAUAGCUGCUGGGCAUUCUCCACGGUGGCAGCUGUGGAGGGACUACACAAGAUCGUGACAGGAGAGUUAGUCUCAUUGUCCGAGCAAGAAUUGGUCGACUGCAACACGGCGAACAACGGUUGUUAUGGAGGAGGCUUCAUGGACAAGGCUUUCACCUUCUUGACCAAUAACAAUGGUCUUUAUUCCCAGAUUGAUUAUCCAUACUCGGGUUCUCAAGGCUACUGUAGCAGUAAACAGAUGUCACACAAGCUCGUUACAAUUGAUGGCUACCAGGAUGUGCCACAGAAUGAUGAAAUUUCCUUAAUGAAUGCGGUUGCUCGCCAGCCCGUGAGUGUUGGCAUCGACAAAAAAUCCCAAGAAUUUAUGCUCUAUAAAUCGGGUAUAUUUACUGGACCUUGCGGGACAAAUCUAGACCAUGCGGUUACCAUCAUCGGGUACGGUAGCGAGAAUGGUCAGGACUACUGGAUCGUGAGAAACUCAUGGGGCACGAUGUGGGGAGAUGCUGGCUACGCUAAGAUGGCUCGUAACUUUCAAAAUCCAACAGGUAUCUGUGGGAUCACGAUGUUGGCUUCAUACCCUAUCAAGAACCAUGCAUGAGAGCACGAAUCUAUUUCUAGUACUUUCAUUGCAAAUUGUAACGAAUAAUUUCUAGACUUUUCUUAGUUGUUUUUAGCCAUGUUUGUUAUUGAAAUGAUGUUUAACUUUCGGUCUUUGAGAAUUUUAUGUUAAAAGAAAAUGUAUCGUUUACUUUAAAUUUGAGAUUAUUUUCGG